GUGAGGAGAAGGAGAGGGAGGAGGAAGAGAGGAGGACAGAAGAGAGAGGAGAGCGACUGAACCAUGAAGGGAAAACCACGAAAAUGGAUGCCGAUCUCUGGAGCCGUCGGACAGCGCCGAGGCGCUUCGGGCGUCGAGGGCAGCUCAUCACAGCCCCUUUUCGUACGCGCAGCGCCUCGAAUUGUCGUACAGAUGACGUCAAGCUCAAGUUUCCACUCCCACAUCGCUCUGAACACCGACAAUGCUCGUUGCCCGCCUUGUCUGCAUGCGCCGGCAGUCGCAGUGUGGGAGCCUGGGAUGGCGUCCAGCUCCAGCUUCACCUCCCGCACCUCGCCGAGUAUCACCAGGGCCCGUUGCCACAGCUCGCCCUUCUCGCAAGCGCUGAUCCCAGAUUUGCGUCUGUCUAGUGUGAACACACACAGCAAGUUCUCAAGCGAUGCGGCAGGCUAACAUGGCGAAUCUGAAAUAUUGGCGACCACCUGUUGGCCCGGGGGGCAGUCCACCGUGUCCCGCACGCAUGUAGCUGAUGACGUCGGGCUCCAGCUUCGAUUCCCAUAUCUUGCUGAGCAGUGCUAAAGCCCGCUGUCACUGCUCGCCCUCCCCCUGGACUCCGCAGGUACAGCUGCUGCCACUGAUGUCGGCAGAUUUGCCCAUACGCAAAUCUCAAUACCCAGUGACUCAAAGCAGCGACGUACCUCUUCAUCGAUAUCGUCUGGCAAAUCCAGAAAGAGCUUCGUCGGAACUUGUGGUGGGCCCAACUGAUAAAGAACAGUGCGCCCAUAGACUGCUUCAUCUGGUCAAUAGAGGCGCCCAGCUUCACUUCGCGAAGAUCUAACCAGGCAAGGGUGCCGCUUUCGUCCACGUGGGACUUCACAACAUCGGUGAAGGAGGUAAGGCCACCCACAGCGCCAAUGCCCGUCGUAGCCUCUAGUUUGCCAGGGGAUUGUCUGCGAAUCCACUGCUGCGAGACAGCAGCCUCGGAGGUGGCAACUGCGCUGCCACGUCGUACACGGUUGAUGUUACAAAUGCGCCUGCUCCCGCUACGACGCUUGAGAGGGCUCAUUUCUGUGGGGCACACACGAUUGCGAGCCUGCCUGGAUCGUCUGCGUUUUCAGCGCUUGUGCGACAUGUCAGAUCAGCCUCUUCGGGUCUGCAUUUGCCGUUUGAGCGUAAAUCAGUGAUGACGCUCGGCUCAAGCGUUGUCUCACGCAUCUCAUUCAGCUGUACCGAAGCCCGCUGCCACUGCUCGCCACUCUCGCAAACACUGGUCCCAUCGCUGUACCCGAUGGUGUUGGGCUAUAACUUUGCCUCCUGCAUCUUGCUCAUCAGCGCCAAAGCCCACUGCCAUUUCUCGCCCUGCUCGCCCGCGCCGACCCCAGCAUUGUAGCUUGUGGCGGCGUUGGGCUUCAGCUUCGUCUUGCGCAUCUCGCUGAUCAGCGCCCAAGCCCGCUGCCACUGUUGGCCCUUCUCGCACGCGCUGACCCCAACGCUGUAGCUGACUAACGUCGGGCUCCAGCUUCGCCCCCCGCAUCUCGCUCAGCACGGCCAGGGCCCGCUGCUACUGCUCGUCCUUCUCGCACGCGCUGAUCCCAGCGGUGUAGCUAGAAGACGUCGGGCUCCAGCUUCGCCUCCCGCAUCUCGCUCAGCAGCGCUAGGGCCCGCUGCCACUGCUCGCCCUUCUCGCACGCGCUGAUCCCAGCGCUGUAGCUAGAUGAUGUUGGGCUCCAGCUUCGCCUCCCGCAUGUCGCACAGCAGCGUCAACGCUCGCUGCCACUGCUCGCCCUUCUCGCACGCGCUGAUCCCAGCGCUGUAGCUAGAUGACGGUGGGUUUCAGCUUUGCCGUCCACAUCUCGCUCAGCAGCGCCAGGGCCCGCUGCCACAGCUCGCCCUUCUCGCACGCACUGAUCCCAGCGUUGUAGCUGAUGGCGUCGGGCUCCAGUUUCGCCGCCCGCAUCUCGCUCAUCAGCGCUAGGGCCCGCUGCCACUGCUCGCCCUUCUCGCACGCGCUGAUCCCAGCGCUGUAGCUGUGACGUCGGGCUCCAGUUUCGCCUCCCGCAUCUCGCUCAGCAGCCCCAGGGCCCGCUGCCAUUGCUCGCCCUUCUCGCACGCGCUGAUCCCAGCCGCUGUAGCUGAUGACGUUGGGCUCCAGCGUCGCCUCCCACAUCUCACUGAGCAGUGACAGCGCGUGUUGCCAUUGCCCGCCUUGUCUGCAUGCGCCGACAGUCGCCAUGUAGUGGCUUGGGUGGAGUUGCACACCUAAUCGAAUUCCGUCGCGCAGCACCUGCAGUGCUGCGCUCCAUUGUUUUGUCCGACCGCAGUCUUUGAUCGACGCUUCGAGGGAAAUAGCGCCUCCUCGAGACCCUCGACCGAUGUCCAACAUCCGAAAAGACAAGGCAUCGCGGCGUGAGCCAAAACUACCUUGGGUCAAAUGGCUUCAGCUAAAGGCUUCAACCAAAAUGGCUUGAGCCAAAAUAGCU